CAGUUGUGAAACAACGAAACAUUUAUUGACCUAUGGUCAGUGGACUUAUUGUGUUCAGCCUCGCAUUCGAAGAGCUCACUCAAUGGCGCGCAACACAUGUUUACUGCAGUCUACAGGUCUAUUUAGAGAGUUCAAUGGUCCAAUGUGCCUUUGGUCACUCCAGAUUAGAACUGAUCCCCAGAAACCUGGUGGUCUCAAGAAGAGGCCAAGUGGAUUGAGCGGUCAGACUUGGUGACUUGGUUCAUCGUGUGUUAUAGUACCCUAAUGCCACUGGGAUUCAUGCCUGCACACAUAAAGGAACCAAGUCCACCAAAAAUGAGCAGGGAGAUAACCCAGGUUGAUAACGUUGAGAAGAAGAUGGGAUAUUUCUGUGGUGGAAAAGAAUUGUGACCUACUUCAAGUUAGCGCUGAAUGUGGUGUGCUGGUAAAAUGAACUGACCACCAUAUUAUUCAGUGUUCUAGGACUAAGACUGGAACAUGGAGCAUUUGGAGGUUCACACAGGCGACAAGCCAUUCCUGUGUGAGCAGUGCGACCACCGCAUCACAACACCAGAUACAGGGAUGAAGGUCCAGGUCAUCGUCGACACAGGUGCCAAGGUCGUCAAGUGUGACAUGUGCAAUAAGCAGUUCACCUGUGCACCUAAUCUCACAGGACAUAUUGUUGUCCACACCACUGAGAAGCCAUACCAGUGCAACCGGUGUAACACAAAGUUUGAAUCUCCAGCAGCUCUUCGCCUUCACAUGGAAACCCACAUGGAGAACAAGGACACCUGCACUGAGGAGAACCGCUUCAAGUGUGAUGUUUGCCACAAGCAGUUCUUUUCCAUGGCCAAUCUCUACCGACACAAGAAGCUCCAUGACACAUCCAAGCCCUACCCAUGUGAUAUUUGCCAGAAGUCGUACGGUACAGAGGCUUAUCUGAAGGCUCACAUGUGGGAGCAUGUUCCUGAGAAGCCAUUUGAAUGUGAAAUCUGUCAGAAAAAGUUCCCCCUACUUGUUCAUCUUAAGCGACAUAAAGCUGUGCAUGCGGAUGUAAAGUCACACCAGUGUGAUGUAUGUGGCAAACAGUUUACCUCACUUGGAAAUCUGAAGCGCCACAAACUGACCCAUAUCGUGUACGAAUGCCAUGUGUGUGGCAAGCAGUUUGCAAAGCUGAAUCAGCUAAAGGAACACGUCACGGACCACAUGGAGCACAAGCCGUUCCAGUGUGACAUGUGUGAACGGAAGUUUACCACUGAGGUGCUUCUUAAGGCUCAUGUGUGGAUCCACCGCCGCGACAAGGAGCCGUACUUCUGUAAAACCUGCAAAAUGAGAUUUUCUUUGUCGAAGCAGCUUAGAGAACACAAGAUUAGUGUGCAUGGAGAAAUACCUGUACCCCCAAGGAGUAAAAAGAAUCCCUAUUUGCACAUUACUGAACCAAGUGCAGAGACGGAAAUUGAUGAGAAAUCAUUUGAUGGUUGUGAAGAGGAAAACUUCCCUGAAGAUGAAGAUGACCAAGAAAUUCACUAUGUGUACGAGCCAAAUAAGAGGUACCCUUGUGAUGAAUGUGGUAAGACGUUCAAGACUGUGCGUAUCCGUAACCAGCACUUGCGGCUACACAAUGGUGCCCGACCAUAUCAGUGCGAUACUUGUGGUAGCACCUUCCAAACACAGACUAACCUACGCAGGCACAUGAAGCUCCACAGUCGAGCAAAUCCAUAUCAGUGUUCCAUGUGUGACAAGUCGUACAAAACCAUUGGUGCCUUAAAGACUCAUAUGUGGGAGCACAAUAACAUUAAACCGUUCCAGUGUGAGAUCUGUCACAAGAAGUUCUCACAGGAGUUGCAUGUCAAACGACACAUGAUCGUCCACUCAGGGGAGAAGAAAUUUAAGUGUGAUAUGUGCCCCAUGACUUUCAACCAAUCAGGAAACUUGAAGCGUCACAAAGCUACUCAUUUUGUGACCUUGAAGUUUCCAUGUACUGUAUGUGGGAGAAUGUUUAGGACAAUUUCCGAGAUGAAGUUGCACCUUGAGGAUCAUAACAACACAAAGAAUUUCCAAUGUCGCUUCUGUCACAGGAAGUAUGCCACUGCUUCCAUUCUCAAAGGCCACAUGUGGGCCCAUGCAGAGAAACGUUUCUUUUGUAAGUUAUGCAACAAAAGAUUUGCAUCAUCUGUCUUUUUAGGGCGUCACAUGACCGUGCAUGCUCAGGAACAGAAGGAAACGUACCAGUGCCAGAUUUGCAAGAAACGCUUUUUGAAACUCGGCAAUUACAGAUCUCAUGUUAAACUCCAUUCCAAGUCUAAAGAUGUGAGGUGUCAGCUCUGUGAUACUGGCUUCACUGGCCUGCGUUUGUUGGACAAUCACGUGAAGCACAACCAUCCCGACAUUGCCAUGUUUCAGUGUGGUUUUUGUCCCGAGGUAUUCGUGCGACUGAGUCAUUUGGAGAAACACAUCGCAUCACGUCACCCAGACAUCUUUAAGUGUGACAAAUGUGACAGUAGCUUCUGCAAGCAGGAUGCUCUUCUGGAACAUCAGAUCCAACAUGGCAUUGAGAACCCUUUCCAGUGCGACUUCUGUGAGAAGGCAUACCCCAAGAGAGUGAAACUGCAGUUACAUAAACGGACCCACACAAAGUCUGAUGCACACACGUGUAGGGCAUGUAAGCAGGGAUUUUCUACAAGGAGGGAAAAGCUGGACCACAGGAACAACAUGGAGGAUCUUCUGCAUAAACCCCAUGUUUGCAAUUUGUGUGGGAAGAGAUUUCUUAACAGCCAGCGUCUUGAGAGACACAACUUCAUGCACACAGGAGAGAAACCGUACAAGUGUACAGUGUGUGAAAAAGGGUUCUCUCAGUGUGCACAUCUGAAGGAUCAUUUACGGACACAUACUGGGGAAAAGCCCUACAUGUGUAACAUCUGUGACAAAAACUUUGCUCACCCUCGAUCUCUGCGAAUCCAUGUGGAGAUGUGCAAGAAAGGCCAAUUCAGAACUGAUUGUCCUUGUGGCUGUGGUGAUGGUAGCAAGCCACAUUCUCUGCCCAAAUCCUACAGGUGUGAUGUUUGUAGUAAGAGAUUCAGAAGAGAGAGGAACUUCAAGCUGCACAUUGAAAGAAAGACCUGCACAAAGAGAGUGAAAUGCCCUUGUGGAUGUAAUGGGAAUGAGAAGGACCAUGUCAAAGGUCAGUCUGAAAGUGAGACUGAUUAUUCUGAUAGUGAGGCCGGUCAUUCUGAUAAUGAGGCUGGUCAUUCUGAUAGUGAGGCUAAUCAUUCUGAAACUGAGGCUGUUACUGGAGUGGAAGAUAUGACAGGUGAUUCUGAGGUCUUUCUAACACACAGUUAUAGCAAGGUAAGCCUUCAAGGAACUGCUGGUGGUGGAAAGAGUAUGGAAAUUACAGUGAAAAAGGAACCAGGUUGUGAGGUUUUGCAAGGAAGUCAAGGCAUGGAAAACAACAUAGAAAGGAUCAUUGCUACUGAUACUGAGCCAGAAUAUUCAGAACAAAAAGAAUCAUUAAAGAACAUUGAAUCAUCAAAUGAUGAAAAAAUAUCAGGAGAGUGUAACAAGGUAAAAAGCUCAUUGGAGCUUGUUGACAUAAUUCUUGAGGCUGCAGAAGCAUCAACAGAAAAAGAGUGUGAAAUCUCAAGGAAGGUGGUUGAUGAGAAAAAUCUGCAGAAAGAGGUUGUAGGUGAAACCAGAACCUCUCGGAAUGAAAGGAGACCAAAGAAACAUGCAUGUGAAACUUGCCAAAAGACUUUCCCGUCAUCACAAUUGUUAAAAAGACACAUGAUACUCCACACAGGGGAGAGACCAUUUAAGUGCGGAAUCUGUCUCAAAACCUUUCCCCAGUCACAACAUUUGUCGGUUCACAUGAAGACGCAUUCCAAAGAUAAGCCAUACCAAUGUGCAAUAUGUUCCGCAUCCUUUCCCCAUCCCAAAGCAUAUAGGAUUCACUUACAGACACACAAGGUUGCUCAUGCAAAGUGUCCUCACUGUAGCAAAGCGUUUGUGAGCAAACCUAAGCUGUCGAGUCACAUACGGGUAUUUCAUCCGCAGCAUUAUUUUGAGGGUUAUUCAAAGACUUCAAAGGAUGCUGAUGCACCUGAAAUUACCGAGAUUAAAAAUGAGCCAGUUGAAGAGACUGGAGAGGAAUCUUUAAGCCAGGAUGUGCAUCAGUCACAUAGUUUACUGGGUGAAAGUGUUCUCCUUAAGCUGUCUGCUCAAGACAAGCCUGGACAAGAUGCUGUUUCUGAUUCUGCUGAAUACAGUAUUGUAUAUUUGGGAUCUGAAGAUGAUCACUACAGAUUGGGCAAAUCUGCAGCACUAGGCGCUGAAGGGCAAGUCAUCCAAAUACCAUGUGAUAUAGGACCCGCAGGGACUAGAAAUAUCAGAUGUGAUUCUAAUCUUAAAUUCUUGGAAGAAACUGCUGAUGGUGUUGUCAUGGAGACAACAUCUGAAGGAACACAAUCCGCAGUUUCAGGUACAGCUACUGCAGAAAAUGUGACUGUCAUGACAACAGAGGAAGCCUCACAGGUGGUUGCUGUGAUACAGGAGCAUGAGGCAUGGAACCAGGCUGCAGUUGCUGGGCAACAAGGUCAAGUAGUAGAUGCCCAACCUAUACAAGUGUCUUCUAUUAGUGGAAUGAAAGUAUCUCAGCGUCUUUCCUCGAUGGUGUCUCUCUAGAUAAUGUGCAGAUCAUAACAACAGAAAGCGAUAUUAAUGGGGAGACUGUAGUUGUUAAGAUUGAGUACUAGUAUAUUAGUACUGGAUAUUCAGGCAACAAUAGUUUGUCAUAAGUUCAUGGUUUUGUAUGCACAAUGUUUCAUAUUCACCUGUGAAUACAGCAACUGUAUUGUGGUGUAGGUGUUAUUUGUAACUAGUGAAUUAUGACACUGGUUGGUACACGGGUAACCAAGGGCUGCUCGGACCAUUGAACACUCAAAUUUUGUUUUUAACAGCCUUUUUGCUCCACUCAUCACUUCAAAGUUUCCUGGGGUAGCCUAGUGGUUAAAGCGUUCGCUCGUCACAUGGAAGACCCGGUUCGAUUCUCCCCCACAUGGGUACAAUGUGUAAAGCCCAUUUCUGGUGUCCCAGAUUCCAUAUUGCUGGAAUAUUGCUAAAAGUGGCAUAAAACAAAACUCACUCACUCAAAGUUUGCAAAUGGACCAGCCUGAUUUCCUUUACUCUCAUUUCAUUGGUAAAGACUGAGAACAUCAAUAUCGGCCAGUCAUAUAGUCACACAAAGUUCAUGCCAAGAUGUAAGAAAAUAGACUGCCUCCGUUAGUUGAAGGCCCUGCUAUGUGACAAAUCGUCUGUAUGUAUUUCCUGUUGACAGAUGGGCGGUGGGGUAGCGUAGUGGUUAAAGCGUUCGCUCGUCACGCCGAAGACCUGGUUCGAUUCCCACAUGGGUACAAUGUGUGAAGCCCAUUUCUGGUGUCCCUUGUCGUCAUAUUGCUAAAAGCGUCGCAAAACUUAACUCACUUGCACUCCUGUUGGUAUAGGGAUAUGAGGUCAUGCUUGUUUCACGUUAGGUUUGGUUACACCUGGUUGUAUAUCUAACUCACUCACUCCUGACGACUGUAGGAUCCACAAACAAAGGGGAGAAAACAAAUAAUAAUUGGGGCUGGGUGAUACGUACAUACACUCAAAGUAUAAUACGUCAUCUUAUUGAGGUAAUGCUUCAAUGAGUAAGGGACCGUUCAUUGUGCGUGUGUGUGUGCGUGAUGAUGAUGAUUUUAAAGGGGAGUCAUCCAUUUUGUUCUGGGGUGGUGUGGGAGCGGGUCAUCAAUUUUGUACACAUGUUCUAGUGGGGGUGGGGUGAGCAAUUUUAUGCAUAAAAAUCGUAAAAUAUUAUACUUAAACAUUAUUGGGGAUGGGGUGGGGUGUCAUUGAUUUUGUACAUGAUGUGUUGGGGAAGAGUGUCACUUACUUUGUAUGUAAAUCUCGAGGGAUUCAUUCACAUUGUACAUGCUACUCCAUAAAAAUCAUCAUCACCCCUUAGCCAUAAAUUAUGAGCAGUCCCUAACAGGAAGUGCACUUAAUGCUGGUGACAGGUCUGGUUACCAUCGUGCGACUAAUGCUGUGAUAUUCUUGGAAAUAUUGCAAAUAGCAGUGUAAAAUAUCACUGGUUACUUUUUGACCCAUUUGACAUUAUAUGUUUAAGAGAUAUGUUUCAGAACAGAACUAAAGGCUAUUGAAGUUCUUCACUUGCUUAAUAGGGCUAUUUUGAGGAAUAGAAGUUUUAAGGGUUAACAUGCUUAUAAAGGGCUGUUUUGAGGAAUGGACGUUUCAGGGUUAACAUGCUGAAAAGGGCUAUUUUGAGGAAUAGAGGUUUCAGGGUUAACAUGCUUAAAGAAGCUGGUUUGAGAUCAUGAAUGGAUGAGUCUGAAGGAUUACAGUGAGAUGAAGUAUCAUGUCUUUGAAUCAAACUUAGAAGGGAUCCAUGUAACAGGGACAGUGUAUAGAUGACUUUAAGGUAUUUGGAGGUACAGAACCUGAUGGUGUAAGAAGACUCUGCAAUGUUGUAUUGCUUAUAGUGAAGUUGACAUCCAAAAAUUUUCAUAGUUUUAUCAAGCAUCAGUUUGAAUGGGUUUUGCAGAGAUGCCAACCUCUACGUUUUUAUCGUAGUUGCUACAAAUUUUAGCCUCAAACUACGCCAAUAAGAUUGCGCUAGAAAUUCUACGAAAUUUGAAGAAAAUUCAUUAAAAUUCCGAUAUAUAGACAAAAGCAUUUUCGUUGAUUAAAUACAUUUUCGACAAAAAGAAAUGUAAUGCUGAUACGUGUAAUUUGGAAAUCUGGUGUUGGAGGCAUGUGAAAUUAAAGCUUGAUUAGUGUCAUAUUAUCUUUCUCAGAAUCUAUCAGUAUUUAGUGGACUACUAAUUUUAUGGUCAAACUACUAAUUUUGAUCCUUGACACUACUAUUUGCAACACUUUGGGGUUGGCAUCUCUGGUUUUGAACUGUUCCGGUCUGUGCUAUUACACUGUCUUCAAGAUGUGAAGUUGGAGAUAUCAGGGAGCAAGUGUACAUGAAUCUUAAGUACAGUGCAAGGCCCCAUUCCACAAAGCAAUCCUAGAGCUAAGGUGAUCGUAACUCCCUUACUUUAACAUAGACUUAUGAUGGUCGUAGCGCUAGGAUCAGUUUGUGGAACGGACCUUCAAUGCUUCAUCUUGGCCCAGCCUCCUGCCAAUAGCUGAGAAGGUGAGCUGGGUGGUGAGCUGGGUGGUGAGAGUCUAAAAUAGAAGACCAGGGCCUAGAUUUUCGAAGCUCUCUUAGCGCUAAGAUAGUCGUAAGUUAAUGUUAAUGUAUGGCACUUACGACUAUCUUAGCUAAGAGAGCUUCGAAAAUCCAGGCCCUGGGUCCUGAUCCACAAAGCUUUCAUAGCGCUAGGACAUUGGCACUUGUAAGCCUAUGGUAAGCUCUUAGAGUUGUGACAGGUCGUAACAUAACGUUACGAACACUUUGUGAAUCAGGACCCUGGUUCAUUUCCCUCAGCUGGUGCAAGCUUUGUGAUUCACAAGAUUUGUUUGGAAAUCAUUUGUGUUCUUGUUGAAGUUUAUUUAAUUUUCUUUUCGAAAAGGUUAUUGUGACUGAAUGUGUUGAGCGAGUUCCUGAAUAUUUGAAAUAAAACUUGACACUGUAAA